UAGCACUUUUGGUUAUGGAGAGAGUAAUAAUAUUGCAAUCUCUCUUUAUUGUCUCUUUUUUGGUAAUGAAUAGUUGUAGUUCUGUUUUGGGAUACAAUGUUCCUUCAAUUUUCAUAUUUGGAGACUCUAUAUUUGAUGCUGGUAACAAUCACUACAAGAAGAACUGCGCAGUACAAGCUGAUUUUCCACCUUAUGGCUCCAAUUUCUUUCACCAUCCUACUGGUAGAUUCGCCAAUGGUCGAACCGUUGCAGACUUCAUCUCUGAAUUUAUUGGGAUUCCCCUGCAAAAGCCACUUCUGGAAGCACAACUUGAUUUAGUAAAUGGAAAUCAGAAAGAGUAUCCAUCAAAUGGCAUCAACUUUGCUAGUGCUGGUAGUGGACUUCUACGACCAACAAAUCAGAAUUUGGGAGUGACACCAAUUCAAGAUCAACUCCAACAAUUCAAAACCUUAGUCCAACAAAAACACAUAACCAAGAAACAAAUCCAACAGUCACUCUUCUUAUUCGAGUCAGGCUCCAACGACAUAAUCAGCUACUUCUAUCCAUUUGAUGCCCCAACUUUGACCCCAGAUGGCUAUGUUCAAGCCAUGAUAACUCAAGUUACAAACUUUGUUGAUCAGAUUUGCAAGUUAGGGGCUCGUCGAAUCGCCUUGUUUUCGUUAGGCCCUCUUGGUUGUGUCCCAGCCAGGGUCCUCUUGCCUGGUGCACCAGUUAACAAAUGUUAUGGGAAAAUGAACAAGAUGGUUAAGAACUAUAACAUGAGGUUAGAUAUUUUUGUGAAAACAAUACCGAUCAAGUAUCCUGGUUCUUUUGCUGUGUAUGGAGAUGUAUACAAGCCUGCUCAGAUCUUCAGAGCUAAUCCUAAACGUUAUGGCUUUUCAGAUGUAACUAAUGCAUGUUGUGGUGAUGGAACUCUCGGAGGAUUAGUGCAAUGUGGUAAGGAAGGUUACAAGUUAUGUGCAAAGCCCAAUGAGUACUUGUUUUGGGAUUAUUUUCAUCCAUCAGAGCACACUUAUAAACUCAUCUCAAAGGCAUUGUGGAAUGGAACCCAUUCUCAAAUUCGACCUGUCAAUCUCAAAACACUGGCCAACAUGACUCUCAUUCAUCACUAAUUAAGGAAAUUAAUUUGUGUUAUGAAAAUGUUAAAAUGUAGAGUGGAGUCCCUGUCUUUCAUUUGAUCAGAAUGUUAUGGAGUUCAUGUCUA